AUGUCGCGAGAAGCCGCCCGCUUUCUCUGCCGUUCUGCGCUCGUGGGAAGGGCGCCAAUUGCUCCCCGCACUGAAGCAUGCACGCUGAAUGUACAAAGAAGACGGUGGGAUCAGAGAAGAGGAUUCGUUGCAACACAUCGGCUGAAAGUCGUGAAACCGUAUAUACUGGCGGACAUCGGAGAGGGUAUCACGGAAUGUCAGGUAAUUCAGUGGUUCGUCAAGCCUGGGGCUCGCGUCGAACAGUUCGAUCCUAUCUGCGAAGUACAGUCGGACAAAGCGUCUGUGGAGAUAACUUCGCGGUUCGAUGGUGUAAUCAAGAAGCUCUACUACGAGCCAGAUGAUAUGGCUAAGGUCGGCAAGGCACAGAAGCCUUUGGUAGAUAUCGAUAUCCAAAGCGAGAUAUCCGAAGCCGACGCAGCGGUCCUGGACAGCGCAGCAGGGAAACCAACAGAGGAUGCCUCGAAGAAAUCAGAACCGAGGGAGCAAGGUAUAGAAGUGAUGAGGAACGACACCGCUGCUGCUACAGGAAACGUACCAGCACAAUCAGCACCAUCUCUACCAGCCGAACACGUACAAGAAGAGUCGAAGCCUCGAAAACCGCCAGGGAAGCACGCCUCUCUCGCUACACCGGCGGUGCGUCACAUGGUCAAGGCCGCAAACUUGAACAUCGAGGACAUAGAAGGGACGGGUAAAGAAGGUCGUGUUCUCAAGGAAGACGUACAAAGACACACCCAGUCUGCAAAGGCCGGAGCAGGCACUUCGGCACCACCAGCUGCGCCCGCGCAACAACUCGAAGACCGAACCCAACCGCUCACGCCAAUACAAUCUGCCAUGUUCAAGAAAAUGGCACUGUCGCUCUCAAUACCGCAUUUUCUGUACACCGACGGUGUAGAUUUCACGUCCCUGAACACCAUUCGCAAGAAGUACAACGCUUCUAGAGAGAAGUCGCAGCGUAUCACUACGUUCCCUUUCACCGUGAAAGCUCUCUCGCUUGCAUUGCAACAAUAUCCACUACUGAACGCGCACUUGGACACCCAAACAAAUCCUGAUAAACCGCAGUUGAUUUACAAGGGCUCGCACAACAUCGGUAUCGCCGUGGAUUCGCCAACCGGCCUUCUGGUUCCCGUCAUCCGCAACGUACAAUCCCUUUCCAUCGAAGAAAUUGCCGCAGAAAUAGCUCGCUUGAGUGGUCUUGCACGCGACGGCAAGGUCUCCACAACUGAUAUGAAGGACGCGACAAUCACCAUAAGCAACAUUGGCAGCAUUGGUGGCGGUGUUGUAGCACCUGUCAUCUCGACUCCACAGGUUGCAAUCGUGGGCAUAGGAAGGGCAAAAACAGUACCCGCUUGCGGAAAGGAUGGGGAAUUGAUCAAAAAGGAGGAGUGCACGUUCAGUUGGAGUGCGGAUCAUAGGGUCAUUGAUGGAGCCACAGCAGCGAGGUGUGCGGAGGUCAUGAAGGGUUAUCUGGAAGAUGUUGAAACGAUGCUUAUAAGACUGAGGGCUGAAGCACCCCGCCAAAGCCCGCCGAAACCCCAAGCUAAGCUCCAGCUGCCCCACCUCGAAUCGCGUGGGCAUGUGCUUCCUACUCAAAGCCUCGCCGCUGUCGCAUCCUUCGACCUCCGACCACAUCUCAUAGCAGGAGACUCCCAUCACCGCAAUGACCUCCAUCGCGCCCUCGCAAACCCCGCUCUCCACCGCAACCACCGCUGCCGCAUCCACACCCUCCACGAAACCCGACGACAACACCUUCACCUUUCCCCAUCUACGCCUUCCCCCUUCUUCACCCUCCUCCAACCAAACCCCACAACCCUCUCCUCCCAACUCCUCUCUUGGUCCACCCUCAUCCAAUCCUACUGCCGCUUCCACCGCCUCUUCAGCCUCACCCUCGUCGACGCGCUCUCCACACCCUUAUUCUCAAACACCUCCCUCGCCCGCAAACUCAGCUUGAAAGAUGCGCGAACGGUCAUAAACUGGAUGGUGUCGUCCGAGGGCGGGAACCGCGCGGAGUGGAUCACAGCGAGUGGGAGCGGGAAGGUGGCGAAGGGCGAGGAGGCGGGCAGAGCGUGGGUGUAUUGGAAGAGGCCUGAGGAAUGGGCUGCGGCGCUGGAGGAGUGGGUGGAGAGGACGGGGCAGAAGGGGACGGUGGUGACGCUGUAUGAGAUUGGGGAGAGCGAUGCGACGCGGAGGGAGGAGUUUCAUGGGAUUGAGGGGGAGUUGUUGGCGAGGAGUUUGCAGGUGUGCGUGAAGAGGGGGAAGGCGCAGAUUUUUGGGGCGGAGGGGAGCGAAGGUGUGAAGUUCUUCUGA